GGCACUAUUUGUGCGAGUUCCUCGCACUUUGUGCGAGUUUUUAAAGCGCAAGAGAGCUACACGCCACUGCCAAUUCCCAUUCCCAAUGAUCUUCCCUUUCCGUUUUCCCGUCGACGACUUCUCCCGGCAUAUUCUCGUUCCCCGCCGUGCGAUUUUCAGGCGGCUACACUAUUACCGACAAUCACGGCGACUCCGCUGCUCUUCCAGUAUCAACGUUAGUCUUUGAUGAAGGAAUGUCUUUAGCAUUUGUGGUGUUUUGCGAUGACAAUAUACCUUCAUCAUUUCUGGAUGAUGAGUCAUUUGUAUUACUUGUGGAUGUUGAACCUCCUUCUUUUUUUGUUGAUGAAGAUGCAUUGAUAUUACUUUGUGAUGAUGAAUCAUCAGUGUUACUCUUCGACGAAGAUUCGCCUUUGUUUCCCUUUGAUUCUGACUCAUUUUUGUCGUUCUUUAAUUGUGAUGAAUUAUCGGUGUUUACCUUUGAUGAUGAUGACUCUUUAUUUGUGCUAGUGUUUGAUGAUGAAACAUUUGUGCUAGCAUUUGAGGAUGAUGAAGCAUUUGUGCUAGCAUUUGAAGAUGAUGAAGCAUUUGAUGGUGGUGGUGGGGAAACACUUGCACCAGUUUUUGAUGAUGUUGAUGCUCCUGUCUUGCUUUGAUCACUACUUGAUGACGAACUAAAAGAGUUACUACUUGAGGAAAACGAAUGACUGCUGCUUGAAGUGGAAGCACUCGCGCUACUUUUUGACGAUGAUGAACUUGAGACACUUCGAUAAGGAAGAGGAGAAUGCAUUCCAAGGGAGUCACUUAGAUGGUCAAUUACAAGUUGACCAUUCGUUAAUCUUCCUUUGGUGUACGACUUUGGAUCAUCGUGUGAUGAAGAGCCAUUCACACUUUCUUUAAGGGUUCCCAUGGAGUGAGCAUUUCCGGUGUCCGUACUUGAUCCUCCAAAAGCAUACAAUUGGGAGAAGCUACCCUUAUAGUUGGUACUUGAGGUUGAAGCUCCCAUGAAGUGGCCAUUAACAUAUGAAAAAUCUAAUAACAACAAAAGGAGAAAGAUAGAAAGAACAAUGGAUGAUGGCAUUUUUGACAUGAUUAUUAUAUCUCAAAACACGUAUUUUAGUUUUUUAUUUUUUUCAAAGGUUUGAGGAACAUUGAACAUUGGAGUUCAUAUUUGGGUUUAUAGAAACAAACUUGUAUAAAAUAUUGUCCUUUAU